AUGUUUGAUGAAAAUACAACAAUGGAAUACUUAUUUCAAGUAGAAAGACAAGCAGAAAAAAUACUUCUUAAUAAAAGUGAAAUGGUUGCAUUGGAUAAAAGUAGAAAUAGUAAUCGCAUGGCCAUUAGAGCAUUAACAAACUGUAAAAUACCAGAAGACAAGAUAUGGAUGGCAGUGGGUUUAACAAUGGUAAAAGUUUCUGUUGAAAAAGCUAAAACUAUGCUACAAGCAGAUCAAGUUACAUUAAAUAAUCGUAUGAACAUUCUUCGAAGCGACAUUAAAGUUGAAGUGAAUAAAUUGAAUGAUAUGGAAUAUAAAGAACCAGUGAAAGGGUUAUUUUUAAAUCCACUUACAAAGAAAGAAAUGAAAGCAAUGAAUCAAGUACUCGGAAUAGCUGAUUAA